AUGGGCACUUUCGGAUCGCAGACGAGUACCUACAACGGGCUGGUCACGGCCUUCGUUGCUGUAGGGUCAAUGAACUACGGUUAUUGCUCCUCGAUCAUUUCGAGUACCAUCGGCCAGCCAGGGUGGUAUACCUAUUUCAGCCUUCCUCAAGAGGGACAGCUGGGGAACACCGCUGGGGGUGCGGCUGAAUGCCUCUUCAUUAUGUGGUCAUGCGACUUCUUUGAUUGUAAGCGCAACAUCCAGCUGGGCGCUUUCCUGGCCAUGUUUGGCGGUGCGCUCCAAGGCGCUGCCAGCUCUUUAAGCAUGUUCCAGGCAGGGCGUUUUAUCUGCGGCCUGGGAAUCGGAAUCCUGGUGACUGUCUGUCCCAUUUAUCUGUCCGAAAUAUCGGGCGCUUUUCGCCGGGGCUGGCUUGUUGUUGGCUAUGCGUGCUACUUUGCGCAAGGUCAAACGGAUACGUUCAGUUGGAGCUUUCCGCUUUGCCUUCAAUGCCUCCCACCUCUGAUCCUGCUUCUUGGGUCGCCCAAGGGUAAACAAAGCGAGGCUCAAUCAGUCUUGGAGCGGCUGCGCAAUUCCCCUGAUGAUCCCGACAAUCUCGUUGCUAAGGAAGAAUACUACCAAACCACUCAACAGAUUCAUCUGGAGAAAGAGCGAUUGCCUGCCUACCGUAAUGUAUGGCAAGUAGUCCUCAAGAAAAGGUCAUAUAACUUUGGUGAGUCUUUGUUCAUAAACAACUACGCCGUCAUCCUAUACACUAACUUGGGGAUGACAGGCAGCAUGCCCUUGCUUCUUAGUGCAGUAUGGCUUACCACGGCUGGGAUAUUAUAUAACAUGUUAGGAGCUUGGCUUCAUGACAGAGUAAAUUCAAGGCGGAAAAUGUAUACUGUUGGCUUUAUCGGGAUUAUUAUCACUAUAUCAUGCCUAGCUGCCAUGACAGCACAGUAUGCAGGGAUCAAGAAUCAGGUUGGAAACGGCUUUGGCAUUUUCUUCAUCUAUCUCUAUUUAGCCUUUCAGGGAACUUUCUGCGAUACCACGAUGUACCUCUAUGUGUCUGAAAUACUCCCCACCGAGAUUCGGCCGAUUGGCAUGGGCUUUUCAUUGUUUGGACAAUCUGCUGCUUCCAAGAUUGGGAACUGGCCUACUGCACCGUUACUAACAGAAUCUCGAGUCAUGUAUUUCAUUAUCCCCGAGACAGCCCGUCUGACCAUCGAGGAAAUCGCGAAGAAUUUUGGUGAAGAGGUUGCCGUCCUCCUCACGGAUGCCACGGACGAGGGGAAGGCAAAACUCAAACGGAAGCUCGCAGCUGGAUCUCACGCCUAUCAAUCAGCCAGAACAAAGACAGCAAGUCGAACUGUUGACAAUUCUGUCCUUCAUGUAGUCUACUCAGCCUGA